UUAUUUAAAACGCUCAAGUGUUCCAAGUGUAAGUUUGACUGGCCAAUGGGAAGGAGCAUUAGUGGUCCAAGUGUGUAAGUUUCUUUUUUUUUUUUAAUCCUUUUUAAUGAUUGGAAGGGGCAUUAUUUGGGCAUUAUUCCCACUACGCCACUUUUGCAAUAACGCCCCAUGAUGACUGGACUGCCACGUGUCGAAUAAUGCCCCAUGAUAAGGGCAUUAUUUGGCUAAACCACUACACAUAUGGUCUUAGUUAUAAAAAAAAAAAAAAGAAAAAAAAACCUAAUUCUCCAUUCUUGUGGAUGAACUCCACAAUCACCUCUCACCAUCUCUCUACCCCGAAAAGAACUAACACCUAAACGGUUAAACCUUGAUGUAAUGUCAAACAUAUACAUGUACCUCUGAUGAUUAAAAGUCAAAUAAAAAGAUUUAAAAAUUGGCAUUCACCCCACAAACUGACAAAACACCUUUUCAAACCACCAACCACACAUAGAAACCGGGUAUGGGUCGUCAUCGGACCCCCCAAAGAGGUGGGGAUGCAUACAUAUAUAACAACACAUCCGACAGGUUAGAAUCUCAUAAAAUAACCACUUUCUAAACCGGCGGCGACACUUGUACCAACUCCGACGAUCUCAAAUGAAGCUCGCGACAACAAUAAUGGCGUCGAACCCACAACGGUCUGAUGUCAGAAGCACCGACGACUACGGUUCAGAACUAAACACAAGUUCAACCGUUGAGCUUGCUGCAAUCUCCGACCUAACAAGGGGGGCAGCAGGGGAGCUGACGGUAAUCCGAACAUUACGGCGUUUAAUCGGGCCUGUUUUUGUACCACAUUUUAGGCCUUUGAUUUGUCAACUUGUGAGUGAUGAACUGGGAAAACAGAAGGCUUUGAUUAGCAUGAAAGGGGACACUGAAAACAAGGGCAGUACUUCCGUUGUGAAACGCUUAAAGCUACAGUUCAGAAACAAGAUUGCCCUGCCAGUCUACACCGGAAUGCCUCUUUUAAGCGAUAACAACACACCCAUUGAAAUAGCCUUGAUUGAUCUUCUUAAUGACCUGAUAGUGAAUACUGGGGCUGAAUCUACUGCAAAGCUGGAAAUAUUUGGUUUUCGGGUCGGUGAUGAUGGUGGUAGUGAUGAUGAUAGUUGGACUUAUUCAGAGUUCCAAGAAAAAAUUCUGAGUGAAAGGAAAGGGAAACGGAUCCUACAAGGAAAGACUUCUUUACAUAUUGCCCCGCUUGCAGUAUGCGCAUAUAAUGUAUAUAUGUGUGAUCGCUCGGGGGGCAAAAGUGAAAGUGCACUAAUUUUAACGUUAUUUUACUAAUUUCGUGAAAAUAACGUUAAAAUAGGGGGAUGGUUAAUCAUGGAUCAUGUGGUGGCGUUGAUAGCCGAAUGACAAGGUAGUACAUGCACUAAUCGGCAGUUGUCUCAAUUGUUGAGUGUUAUGUGCCUUAUGUCCAAGGCCUAAUGCAAAACUACUAUCGAGUCGGGGGGUCUCACUAGAAGCAGCCUCUCUAUUCCUACGGGGUAGAGGUAAGACUGUCUACAUCUUACCCUCUUCAGACCUUACCUUAGCUUUGCUAUUGAUGGGAUUUACGAAGGAGGAGGAGGAUGAUGAUAACUUCUUUACAUUUAGCACAAUACUGCCAACAGAAUUUCCAAAACAAGGUCGGAAGUACUUAAACCAGGUAACAGAGAUUAACCAAAACAACUUACCACGUAUCAGCAUACUCCCCGCAGUCCAGACAGAAGAAAAAACUAAUGAGAACUUAAUUCGCAAAACACAUACAAGACAACAUUCAUGAGAUUCAUAAUUUGAAAAGACAUACAGCUAUUGUUUUAUUUUUGACUCAAUAGAUGCCAUACAAUAGUAGAAGACAUGAAAAAUAUCAUUUUUCUUUUAAAUAUGUAAAGAUACAUGUGAUUGAGGAGUUUUUUCCUAUAUGGAAAGAUACCUGUAGUUCAUAAUUUACUUGA